AUGUCCUCCCGUUUACUCUCGGCCACGCGCCGCCAUACUUCCACCCUCCGCCUUGUCUCUACCCCUAGGUCUAGGCACUGUAUCCUAACACCACCGUCUCGUGCUGUCUCAACUACCACAGAUUCGGCCAGUGCUUCCGUUGCAGCCGAUAAACCGCCGUUUUUCCGUCGAACCGCCUCCGUCACCGGCCGCAUCCUCCUCUUCACCGCUCUCGGCUUCAUCAUGGCCGCUGCGCCCGCGUACGAGUCCGCUAGGACAAUCCUCUCGCCACCAGAUGAUGCUGCCAGCCUCACCAUGUACACUCCCGAAGACGACGAUGCCAAGGCCAAGGAAGACUACAUCAACUCACACCCCCUGGUCGCCUCCCUUCGCGCCGACCCUGAUAUGAUUGAGUCUCGCCCGCACAUGAAGAUACCCGAGACCUGGAGGAAGCACAACUUGACAGGCGGCACACUCAUGGGACCAGGGAAAGUGACAGUUCCGCCUUUUAGUUGGUCAGAACGAAGCGGCAAGAGUUAUGUUCAAAUAUCGCACGUGGGAACCGACUUGUGCGGCCAUGAAGGCAUCAUCCACGGCGGAUUCCUCGCCACGAUGUUGGACGAGGGCUUGGCGCGGUGCUCUUUUCCUGUGCUGCCUUUUAACGUGGGCAUGACAGCCAAGCUUGAGAUCAACUACAAGGCACCCGCCAUGGCCAAUCAGUAUCUGGUGCUCCGGGCGACGACAGUCAACGCAGAGGGGAGGAAAGCGUGGGUCGAGGGCCAUAUCGAGACUUUGCCUACCGAGGAGGGCCAGCAGCCAACAGUACUGGCCACGGCGAGCGCUCUUUUCAUUUCUCCUAGACAGGCAUCGACCAUGGCAAAGAUUUACCCAGUAACAUGA